AUGAAUCUUCUACCGGCCGAAACAAAACUUGACAUCUUCAAAUGCCUCAACUUCAACCAAUUGAACAACUUUCAACUGUCAAAUCGUCAUUUUUGUGAAGUGAUCGUCAACUACAACAAAGAAUUGGCUAGGAAAGUGUUUUGUUCUGUUGAAUUGGUUGCUAAUUAUGUUUGUAAAGAGUUGGAAUGUGCUCCUGAUGAGUUGGACUUGGAGUUAAGUGAAGAAGAUGAAUUAAAGUAUCAAACAGCAAUUCAAGAACGGAUGCCUUUUUACCUUGAUCACAAAAACGAAUCUGAUGGAUCAGUUGACGAUAAAACGAAUGAAAUCGGGAAUCUUUUGUUUGAAUCAGGAGAAACAAAUGGAACAUCGCCUAAAUUUCUUCGUCUUCAAUUAAAACGAUAUCCAGAAACAAUUGAAGAAAUGCUUGUUUUUCGUCACUGGCUUGAAAAGCUUUCCUAUUGCUUCAUUGAAAACUUCAAAGUUGAACAAGGCUUUAUCAAUCCGGACAUUCUUGAAUUAUUUUUUGGCGAUUCUCCGUUCAAAUUCCACACAAACUGUUUCUAUCUGAUUAAUAAGAAACACUACAGUUAUAUUAGAAGAUACGAAUUUAUGUAUCAUCACGUUGUUAUUCACGGAUAUCGAGGCUUCUAUUUCGAGGAUUAUUGGCGAAAAAUGCGUGGCGGACUGGUAAAAGAAGAAGAACGCUAUUUUCAAAUGGAGGAUGAGGAUAUGGAGGAAUUCUUUAAAGUCGUGGAGUAUCAAAUGUUUCGUGUAGAUGAUCCACAAGUUCAUGAGAUGAUGUAUUUUUGCUUUCUCAAAGAUUCUAAGAAAAUGGCUAUUUGGCAGAUGGGAGAAAUUAGUGAUUAAUUUUGUUUUGUUGUGAUUAUUUGUAUUGUAUUU